AUUUAAGUACAAUUAUUUAUGGCCUACACUAAAUCUGCAUUAUAGACAGUUUGAUGGUCUCACGGGUUCGAUUUCAGACAAUACAGCUGGAGUGGUGACCAGGAGAGGGGGGUUUCAGAGACUGGAGCAGAGCAUGUACCUGGUGCCAGUCGUUGUGGAGGACGGCGGGUACCCAAUCCGAAGCAGCACGGGGACGGUGUCGGUGCGGGUGUGUACCUGCGACACAGACGGCUCCCUGCUUUCCUGCAAUGCAGAAGCCGUCUUCUUUCCCAUGGGACUCAGCACUGGAGCUCUAAUGGCCAUAAUGCUGUGCAUUGUCAUUCUGCUGGUGAUGGUGGUGCUCUAUAUGGGCCUGAGAAAACACAAGAAGGAGGACACUCUGAUGUCAUCUAAAGAGGACAUCCGGGACAAUGUGAUCCACUAUGAUGAUGAGGGAGGUGGGGAAGAGGACACCCAGGCCUUUGACAUAGGUACGUUACGCAACCCCAAAGGCAUCAAAGAGAUGGCACAGCUGCAAAAAAUUAGAUCAGUGGAUGAGCCCGAUCGGGCUAGUGCGUGUAUGUCCAAUGAGGACAGCGAGGACAUCCAAGCCUACAUCCAUCACUGUCUUCUGGAGAACUCAACACCUCCAUAUGACUCUCUGGUCACGUAUGCAUAUGAGGGAGAAGGAUCGGUGGCCGAGUCUCUCAGUUCCAUUGAGUCCUGGGUGCUUGAACCCAAGGAUGAUUACAGAAAUCUCUGUGACUGGGGUCCUCGUUUCAAAACACUGGCUGGAAUAUUUAAAGAGCAUGAAUGUAAGGACAUGGAAAAGACAGAACAUGAAGCACACACUGAGGUGCUAAAUGACAGACUGGACUAAGAGCAUUUUCAGGCGCUCUGUGAAAAUCACAAUGUUUAUUUAUUUCAGGCAUGGCACUUAAAGGAAUAGUUAAAUUUAAAAUGAAAAUUAUCAUGUUGUUCCAAACCUGAAUGACUUACGUUCUUCUGUGUAAA